AUGGCAACGUCGCUACCGAACGACGUCAUCUCGGAGAUACUCUCCUGGUUGCCGGUUAAGUCGGCAUGCUGGCUCCGGUCCGUGUCCAAGGGGUGGCACGCACUCGUCUCCAACCCUUCGUUCCUUGCGGCGCACAAAGCCCACAACGAGCCGCAUCUCCUCCUCGUCGCCAGCCCUUACCUCGGUGGAUCAAAAGGACGCCGAGAGCUGCAGCUAGUGGACUUGGACGGCAACAUCGUGAGGGUGGUCGAGGCCGUAGGUAACCCUUGGAGGAUCUGCUCCGGCCCCGAUGGCCCUGUCUGCGCCACACGCCAUGGAAGCGUCCUCAACCUAAUUGAUCUGGCCACCGGCAUGCUGAUGACUUCCACAGAGAUGGGCAGUCAAGAGCGCUAUAUCGAUGCCAUGGGUUUCGGUUAUGCCACUCCGUCAGGCGCCCCCAAGGUGGUCCGCCUCACAAAUGUAUGCGAGGUUGUGACGGUAGAAGAUGGCGCACGAUGGAGGCGAGUGGAAUCACACCCAGCUGAUCUAAGCUAUUACGAGAAUUCUGUGGUCACAAUAGAUGGUGUCAUGUACUUCCUUUACAGCUUGGAGAACGAGGAGCGUGUACUCUGCUUUGACCUGUAG